CUCGGCCGCCGCCGGUGCUUCGUUGUCAUAGUGAGCGGUCACUGAAGCUCGGCGCUCCGACGUGGAGACUACACAUUGGGCAGACCCUGAGCGCCAGGCCAGAGCAGUCGAGGCCAGAGCAACCGGAGACAUGGAUGGGCAACAUGGCGGCUCCAGCAAUGACGAGCGUAACCCGGAGAAAAAAGGAGAUGUCGGAAUGAUCUUGGUUCAUCUUGAUCUGAAAGGGGCCCCCCCGAAAGUCUCCUACCUGGCUGAGGUUUUGCCGCUCUUCUCUGCCCUGGGAGCAAAUGGACUGCUGAUAGAAUAUGAGGACACCUUUCCGUACUACAGUGAGCUCCUCCCACUGCGGGCAACUCACGCUUACAGCCCUCAAGAAGUCCGGGAGCUCCUGCGUCUGGCUCAGAUUAACCACUUAGAAGUCAUUCCUCUCAUACAGACAUUUGGACACCUGGAGUUUGUCCUGAAGCACAGAGAGUUUGCUCACCUGAGAGAGGUCUCAACCUACCCGAACAGCCUGAACACUCACAAGGAAGAGUCCCACCAGCUUCUCCAGGCCAUGAUAAGACAGGUGAUGGAGCUCCAUCCUGGUGUCCGCUGGCUACACAUUGGCUCAGAUGAGGUGUACUACCUUGGCGAGGGAGAGGAGUCCAAGAAGUAUCUUUCCGAAAAUGGCCUAGCUGUGGAAGACCUCUUUAUGUCCCACCUGAAGACAGUAGCCGCGCACGUGGUUUCCACUUAUCCGGGCGUCAGGCCCAUUGCCUGGGAUGACAUGCUGAGAGGUGCACGCGCCCAAUCAUUGACAGACUCUGGAGUGGCCCAGCUGGUGGAGCCGAUGAUCUGGGACUACACCCCGGACCUAGAGGUUGACAGCAGAGUUGCCCUGAUUGAAAAGUACACAAAGUGUGGCUUCCAGAAGAUCUGGUUGGCCAGUGCCUUUAAGGGGGCCACCGGUGCUUGCCAGCAACUCACCCGUAUCGGACAUCACCUGGAGAACCACAGACGUUGGCUGCAGGUGAUGCAGAGGAUUCCCCAUAAUACACUGCAAGGAGUGGCCGUUACAGGCUGGCAGAGAUACGACCACUUCUCAGUUCUAUGUGAACUUCUCCCAGUGGGGAUGCCUUCUCUGGCCGUGUGUCUGCAGACAUUGAAGAAUGGUUCGUUCUCUGAGCAGGUGGCCACCUCUGUCCAAGACCUUUUAGGAAUGUCCCAUCUGGACACUGAAAACUGCUCAAGUGAAGCUUUGGGCUCCUUCCCGGGCAGUGACGUGCUCACCCUGAUCACUCAAGUCAUGUUCUUCCUGAAGACCCCCACACAGGACUUCCUGGAGCGAAACCAAUUUGUCACCGGUUGGUUCAGCCCAUUUCACAGAAAAAGAAAAAUGAUCAACCCCGUAAUGGUGCAACAGAUAGAACCAGAAGCUGUGAGUCUCUUGUCUAAUUGGACUUUAGUCCUGGGAGACCUUCAAGCAGCUUUGCUCAAGAUCUUUCCUGCCAACACAGUGGAGGAAUGGAUGGAGGAACAUUCACUGCCAUAUUACCUACAACUUCAAGAACUAGUGCAAGACCUUAAUACUGCCCUGGAGAACCAGACAUAGACGGGUCAUCACCAUGAGUAGUCUGCUGUUGAGCCUUAAUCCAGAUUUUAUAUCUGACAUACCUAGCUUAGUCCUUUCACUGCUGCAUAAGUGUUACUUUUGUAUUAAUUACAUAGUAGUAUACUCUAUCCAUAUUCAGAGCUGCAUUCAAAAUUCUGCUGACUGCCAGUUGGAAUUUUGUCACCACUGUG